AUGAGGCGAUAUUUGUAUGAUGUUCCCAAGGGAGCUUCCGUCAUCUACGUUUCUGUUGACGAAGGUCUUUUAACUCACGGUGGCAUUUUCACCUACACCGAUGAUGGGAACAGCUUCACGGAAAACUCGCCUCACAAUUUCACCAGGGUGGAAUUAAGUGACAUCCAAAUAACAAGCAUGGAUGUUAAUGUAGCUGACGGAUCCAUUUAUUUUUUUGACCUCACCUCUCGAUGUAUAUACCGGUUACAUUCCGAAAAGGUGGAAACUGUCCACUCUGGUAUUUCCAGUUCAUAUUACACCUCUAUUGCAUAUGAUUGGGUCAGCAGAAACAUGUACUGGACGGAUGGCUUUUUUAACUGGAUAGCGGUUCAGCCUGUUAAUACAAUGGACAGGAGUAUGUAUCGAGUCCUAAUCCAGAAUGAUAUAGAGAAGCCAUCUGCAUUGGCGGUGGAUUCUAAAGCAGGAUACAUGUUUUGGUUUGAUAUCUCCACAUCUGGCUACCGGAUAGAACGAGCAAUGCUUGAUGGAACGAGCCGUAUCCCCAUCAUUGUAAAAAACCUAAUAAGGGUGUGGGAUAUUGAAAUAGACACAAGUGAACGCAGGCUGUAUUGGACUGAAGUGGGGAGAAAUGCAAUAGAGUCAUCACUCUAUGACGGAACCGAUCGGAGAAUUAUUUACAAAGAACUUGGUAUCCAAUUCCGGUCCAUUGCAGUAGAUACGGAUCAUGUGUGCACCACCGUACACGAAACACCACUAUGGACGUGUAUCGUUAAAUCAACAGGAGCCAUUUCUUUAAUUCGUAAAAGCGAAUUUCUAUUUACGCAGCCGGUCGCUAUCGCCAUAUCAAAAGCGGAACUAAGACCGAGUUUAACCAACGGUUGCUUGACAUUGGGAUGUGAACAUUUCUGUGUAAACCUUCAAUCUAUCGGUAAAUGUUUGUGCAAGGAGGGAUACACCCUUAAUACUGAUGGGAUACACUGCACAGAAAAUCAUCCACUUUACCACAAGGCGAUAGUGGUUUCUAGCACCACUAAAAUCUGUAUGCUGAGCUUCCGUACAGCCACAAACCACAGUGAUCCACUUCGUUGUGUUAGUAACCUUGUACAAGGCGGUCAGUUUCUGACGGUUGAUGCCAGUAACAAGCUUAUCUUCUACGUUGACACUACGUCCAACUUUAUCAAAGAGUAUAAUCUGAUUACAGACAAGAUCCGUCAGAUAACACCCGCGGAAACAGUGUCAGGAAUAGCAUUUGACUGGACAGAUGGUAAUUUGUAUUGGUUAGAAUCGGCCAGAGGGAAGGUGAAAUAUGUUACCAUAGCGAGAACUGCAGCCAGAGACCUUGUUGACACCGAUUCACCUCCUUCACACCUAACCAUGGAUCCGCUUACUAGGACGCUAUUCUGGGUGGAAGGAACGAGUGGUUUUGAAAUGAGUAUUGUAGCCAUGCCCAUUGUUACCAAAGAAAAGUCCGUUAUUCUGACACAGCCAUUACCAGCGUAUAUAAAGGACAUAUUCUUUGAUGUUUCGAGUGACAGGUUGUACUUUAUUCAGUCUGACAGACUUUCCAACGUAGCACGAAACGGAAGUGAUAUUGAACAUCUCUACAAGGGUCUGCAAUCUGUGGAAAAAAUGAUAGUAUACAAGAGAUAUGCAUUCUGGUCUACAAGUACUAGUGCAGUAUUGUUUUCCACCGCUCUUCAACAACUUUCCCCACAACGUACCUAUUUAACUAGCGGCUUGGGUAAAAUCACUGGACUAGCAGUGUAUGAUGAAGCAAUUCAAAGACCCACAAGAGGUCCAUGCUUUCAUUUUAAUGGUGGAUGUGAGCAAAUUUGCUUGACUGGUAUUAGCGGAAGUGCUGUAUGUGAUUGUUCAUAUGGAUUGACUCUUCAAAGUGACGGGAAAAGCUGUGGCAGCGUUCCACAGACCACCAAUUUUUUACUGCUGACUGAUGUAAGUCACAAUAGAUUGGUUCAAAUAUCCACAAUCGAUGCACAAAUAACGGUCUUGGACAUUAAUACCGUUGGAAGAGCACUUGACGCGCUGUAUGACCCGAUAUCUUCUUUUGUAUUUUGGUCCAAUGUAGGUGAAGAUAGCAUUAUGACAUCUGCACUAAACGGAACCAAUUCGGGAACAGUUCACACAACAGCAGGUGAUGGCAAGUAUCCGACUGCCUUGGCCAUGGACCACUCCAACGGUAACUUGUACUAUAGUGUAUCAAGCGAUGCAUCACAAGGUAGCAUUGGUGUACUCAAACCUUCUCAGGGAUUGUUUAGAACACUGGUGGGAGGCUUAGGUUACGUAAACGGUAUUGUGCUGUAUCCAUCGAAGGGGUUGAUGUUCUAUACAAAUGCUGAUGACAAUAAUACAUUCUCAAGCAUCAUUCGAGUUUCUAUGGACGGUUCAUCUCCAAAUGUCAUCGCUGAUCUGGAACCAGACGACUUUAUCACUAAUAUUGCUAUUGAUUACACAACUGACCGUUUAUACUGGUCAUCUAUGGGCGAUGGUAUUCAAUCAAGCAGUUUGUCUGGCUCCAAACGAGAAGAAUUAACAACUUAUACUUCACGAAUACGAUCUAUUGCUAUAGCAGGUGGUUUCUUGUAUUUUACAUCUGAUAGACGGGACAAAGUUAUCAAGAUGAAUCUUCAGACAGGGGAGGAAGUCCGUUUUAUGACGGACAAAGCUGAACUAGGCCUCUUACACAACAUAUUUGUCUUUCCAGGACAAGUUCAACCAGUGAACUCCGUGUGUGCGGUGAAUAAUGGCGGAUGCAGUACAUUCUGCCUGCCAAUAGCAUUAACAUCAACCUCAAACUGCGCAUGUCAGGAUGGUACAUAUCUCAAACCGGAUGAUCCUUUCACUUGCCAAGGAGUGACACGUUGUCCAUCAGGAGUAACUAAUGGAAAGCUCAAUGACGCUUGCACACGCAACGCCGCUGAAGUGUGUACGCUUCAGUGCAACUCGGGUUAUGCCAAUUCAUUGGUGUCUAACAAUAUAAGAUGUGGACAGAAUGGACAAUGGGACGCAAAUUUGGGGUUGGCCUGUCAACAUGACGUUCCAUCGACAGAUACUCCAACGCAGCAGCUAACAGUGACAUACAUAUCCGCCGGACUUGCUGCAUUAGUCAUUAUUGUCAUAGCUGUUGUAGCGAUAGUUUGUAUUGUUUCGAGAAGACGGCAAAGCUCACCACGUCCAUCUCCAAGGAGUGAACCGAAUGUCUAUUACUCACAUCAGCAGAAUCCCCAGCAAAAUCCCUGUAUCAUAGCCUCAGGCAUGUACCAAGAAGAAGGUUUGUUCCCUGCAAAACCAGGAACUGGUUUUCCUGCGGAUAUUCCGACUCCACCAUACUCUGUUAGACCAGAUCCCGUAUACGACACUAUCGCUCCGGCUCCCCCCUACGAGGAGCCCAAUAUCAGCCACCAUCCGUCACUAAGAUCUCAGACAUCAGUUGUCUCUGUACAAAGUGAAAAUUCCGACUAUUUGACUCUUAUUCGACAGGGCAAUAACAUAUAA